AUGGCAUCGAACAAAGAGUUCACUGUCGACGGCAGCUGCUUCGAUCCGCGGACCUUCGAAGCGGACCUUGUCAUCGAUGCCGAUGGCAUCAAGAGAAAGACCGUUGUCGGGGACGACAAUACCUGUCUCGGCUUCUCCAAUACUGUGGCGUAUCGGGCGAUUGUGCCUAUAGACGUCUUGAAGGCGGAGGGAGUAAAGGUCCCUGUUGGCACUCGUCCGCAUUGUUGGGCUGGCCUCGGGAAGCACUUGAUAACCGUCCCAAUGAAGAACGACACGCUCUUGAACGUAGCGGCGCAUAGCAGUGGCCUCGAUGGACCAAAAUCGUCUCCAGAGAUUCGGGAAGGACUUUUGAAGCAUAUCCAGGCACCCAGUGUUUGGUCCAUUUAUACUUUGCAUCCUCCUUUGAAAAGCUUUGUGGCUGGCAAAGUCGUACUUGUGGGCGAUGCGGCCCAUGCGAUGACGCCACACCUUGGCGCUGGUGCCGGUCAAGGCUUCGAGGACAUCUACACCCUCUACCGACUACUCACUCACCCUUCGACCGCAAAGUUCAAUGUCGAGAGGGCACUCGCAAUUUAUGACGAGGUAAGACCCUCUCGGGCUAACAUGGUUUUUGAGCAAAGCAUCAAGACUGGAAAUGUCUACGAUGGAUUUGGAGAGUCCAAGUACUCAGUUAAGGACAUGGUCGCUCAGCUGCUGGGCGGUGGGACCUUGUGCGGUUCUAGGUUGAGGUUUCCGACACAAUCAGGCAGAGGGAAAAUGAACUAA